AUGGCCUUUAAUUUUGGCUCAGCGGCAAAUAGCAACUCGAACACAGGCUCUACCACUCCUGCUGGUGGUGGUCUCUUUGGAGCUGCUGGUGCGUCGACGACACCAUUCAGUGGGUUCAGCUUUGGGGGUGCUCCGUCAAGCUCUACUACUACAGGUACUACUACAGGCGCCGCACCUACAGGCAGCGGUCUAUUUGGUGGGGCCAAUGCAGCCAGUGCCGCGAAACCCUCAUUUUCGUUUGGCAAUCCCGGUGCGACUAGCACAACAAACGCCGCUGCAACAGGACCCCCCAAAACCGGUGGACUCUUUGGCGCUACUUCUUCUUCGACUCCAGCACCAACCGGUGGAUUAUUCGGCGCUUCCGCACCAUCUACCACAAGCACCGCGGCUACCGCACCAAAGCCUCUGUUUGGUGGAUUCGGGGCCGCUGCAACACCAAGCACCACAGCCCCUGCAAGUGGAACAGAGGCACCAAAGACUGGUGGACUGUUUGGAGCUGCUCCUGCUGCGUCUGCCACUGCACCCAAGCCUUCGUUAUUCGCACCGGCUACGUCCACCCCAUCCACGACUGAUGCCAGUAAGCCCACUGGCGGGCUCUUUGGCUCGGCUCCAGCAACUGGGGCGUCUGCUACCUCUGCUACACCGAGCCUGGGUCUCUUUGGUGCCAAACCGGCCGAGCCUGCCAAGCCUGGCGAGGCAACGACUACAGCACCUUCAACUAUUUCCUUAUUUGGUCCAAAACCUACCGCUGGAGCAGCCACAACUCCAGCAGCACCACCACCACCAACGGGCGGAUUAUUUGGCCUCACACCAGCACCGGCAGCAAAAGACGAUGCUGCAAAAAAUGACGCUCCCAAAACCGAUGCAGCAGCUCCAGCGGCCCCCUCACUUGGUGGUGGAUUGUUUGGUGCCAAACCAGCUGCAGCGACUACCCCAGCGACGGCUACGGCUACGGCCAAUGCCCCUUUGACUACACCUGCAGGGGCCACAGCAGUACCAGCUAUCCCGCCUUCAGCCUUGAGAGGCAAAUCUGUGGAAGAGAUAGUGAACAAAUGGCAAGAGGAGCUCGAGACCCAGACCAAGGUAUUCAAGCGUACAGCCCAAGAGAUCGAAAUAUCCAACUUGUAUAGUGCUGUGCAAGCUGCUGAAGCUGCGCAACAAGGAAUCGAUGGAACACUCGAAAAUAUUGAAGAGCAACAAAAAAGUGUGGCAGCCGCGUUGGAUGGGUACGAGCAGGAGAUGAAGAAAAUAUAUGGCAGUGACAGCUUGGGUGUGGAUGUAGGUCCCGCUGAUGGACAACGCGAGAAAAACUAUGCCAUUGCCGCCUCGCUCGCGGAUCAAUUAGACGCCCUCGCUCGGGGACUGAGCACAAUGAUCGAUAGUGUCAACGACCUUACGUCUGGACCAUCAGCACAAACCAAAGAUGAUCCUGUUGCUCAAAUCUCUGCCAUUCUCAAUGCCCAUCUUGAGAGUCUGCAAUGGAUCGAUGGUGCUGUGCGGGAUGCUGAAGACCGCGUCAAAGAAAUCGAAGGGACCCGAACUGGCACUAUAGACAAUGCGGGGUCUAGGAGCGCACUGGGUAUGAGUACCAUCGGAGCGAGCAGCUUCAGUGCAAGUACGGCGGUACCCCGUAGGGGACGUUACGGACUGUAA